ACGCGCCCUUGAGGCUUGCCCCAUUUAACUACCCUUAUCUUCACUUUCCGUAUCAGAUUAUCAAUCGUUUGCUUGCUCUUCCCACAAGCUUAGCUGCGCAACUGGCGAAAAUGGGGUUCGGGCUAUUAGCUUCACAUUUUAUCAGAACCCGAACAAUAAACCCUAGAAAUCACUACCUUUUCUUCCGUUCAAUCGUAACUAAACCUGAGCGCCAAUCUCCGGUAUCAUCCGCGGCAACUGCAGCUCCACAACCUGAACCAGAUCCUUUACCUCCGCGGACACCGGUGGGAGGUGCGCGUGUCCACUUUCCGAACCCGGAAGACGCCAUAGAAGUGUUUGUCGAUGGAUAUCCCUUGAAAAUCCCUAAGGGAAUGACAGUGUUACAGGCUUGUGAAAUUGCAGGUGUUGACAUUCCUAGAUUCUGUUACCACAGUAGGCUUUCCAUCGCCGGCAAUUGUCGUAUGUGCCUUGUUGAAGUCGAGAAAUCUCCAAAGCCAGUAGCUUCUUGUGCUAUGCCAGCACUUCCCGGGAUGAAGAUUAAGACUGACACACCUUUGGCAAAGAAGGCACGUGAAGGAGUGAUGGAGUUCUUGCUGAUGAAUCAUCCAUUGGAUUGUCCAAUAUGUGAUCAAGGUGGAGAGUGUGAUCUUCAAGAUCAAUCUAUGGCUUUUGGAUCUGAUCGUGGCCGCUUCACUGAAAUGAAACGUUCUGUGGUCGAUAAGAAUCUUGGUCCUUUGGUGAAGACUGUCAUGACUCGAUGCAUUCAGUGCACAAGGUGUGUCAGGUUUGCCACAGAGAUUGCCGGAGUGCAGGAUCUUGGCAUGCUGGGUCGUGGCAGUGGAGAAGAAAUUGGGACUUAUGUUGAAAAGCUCAUGACCAGUGAAUUAUCUGGAAAUGUGAUAGAUAUUUGUCCUGUUGGAGCCCUUACCUCUAAGCCAUUUGCUUUUAAAGCCCGAAACUGGGAGUUAAAAGGUACCGAGAGUAUUGAUGUCACUGAUGCAGUUGGGUCCAAUAUUCGGAUCGAUAGUAGAGGACCAGAGGUCAUGCGUAUUCUUCCACGGCUGAAUGAGGAUAUUAAUGAAGAGUGGAUAUCAGAUAAGACUCGAUUCUUCUAUGAUGGUUUGAAGAGGCAGAGGAUAAGUGAUCCAAUGAUUCGUGGAGCUGAUGGACGCUUCAAAGUUGUAAGCUGGUGCGAUGCCUUAGCUGUAGUUGCAGAAGUAAUGCGUCAAGUAAAACCAGAGGAAAUUGUUGGAAUUGCUGGAAAGCUAUCUGAUGCUGAAUCUAUGAUGGCCCUGAAAGACUUGUUAAACAAAAUGGGUUCUAAUAAUGUGUGGUGCGAAGGUAAUGGCCCAAGCCCAAAUGCUGACCUACGAUCUAGGUAUAUCAUGAAUAGCACCAUAAGUGGUCUUGAGAAGGCCGAUGUAUUCCUUUUGGUUGGCACCCAGCCAAGGGUUGAAGCUGCCAUGGUAAAUGCAAGAAUCCAUAAGACAGUUCGCACAACCAAUGCAAAGGUUGGUUACAUUGGCCCUCCCACCGAUUUUAACUAUGCCUGUGAGCAUCUUGGUGUUGGCCCUCAAACUCUUCUUGAAAUUGCUGAGGAUCGUCAUCCUUUUUCCUCGACAAUCUCUAAUGCUAAAAACCCAUCAAUCAUUGUUGGUGCUGGAAUCUUUGAGAGAAGCGACAAGGAUGCUAUUUUCUCUGCUUUGGAGGCCAUAGCAAGAAAGGGGAAUGUUAUUCAACCUGAUUGGAAUGGGUUUAAUGUAUUGCUUGUCAAUGCUGCCCAAGCUGCAGCCCUUGACCUUGGACUUGUACCACAAUGUAGCAAAAGUGUAGGGUCUGCCAAGUUUGUGUAUCUGAUGGGUGCUGAUGAUGUGAACUUGGAUGAGUUACCGAAUGAUGCCUUUGUGGUUUACCAGGGGCACCAUGGCGACCGUGGUGUGUAUCGUGCCAAUGUCAUUUUGCCAGCAGCAGCUUUCAGUGAGAAGGAAGGGACUUAUGCUAAUACUGAGGGGUGUGCACAACAGACUUUGCCUGCGGUUCCAACAGUUGGUGAUGCCAGGGAUGAUUGGAAGAUCAUUCGAGCUCUCUCUGAGGUAUCAGGGGCACGUCUACCCUAUGAUUCUCUUGGGGCCAUCAGAUCCCGCAUUGGUACUGUGGCACCAAAUCUGUUGAGCUUAGAUGAGAGACAGCCUGCUACAUUUUGGCCAUCUCUGAAAUCUGAGUUUACAAAGGAAAUGGAUACAACAACUCCAUUCAGGCCUGCAAUCGACAACUUUUACAUGACUGAUUCUAUUACCAGGGCUUCAAAGAUAAUGGCACAAUGCAGCGCACUAUUAUUGGAGAAGUGAGUACUGGACCAUUUUGCAACUUUUUUUCUUCCUUAUGACUGUAGUAUAUUUGCAUGUCUGAGUUUUCUGUUAAACUUUAUCAAGCUAUGUGACGCCCGCCCUUCUUGGCCUUGGGUGAAUGUAGGUGGUGGAAAAUAAACAAUUGGGUUUCAUGUAAACCUCAGCACAAAUGUAAAACUCAUUUUCCCUCUUAACCUUUUUUUUUUUUAAUAAUUUGAACUCAAUUUGUAUUGGUAUAUUUUGUUCUUCAACUUUAAGGGAAUUCUGCCGUAG